CAAAAACUAAACAAAUACAAAAUAGUCAUGUCGAAUAGUAUCCCUUGAGCAACGUAUGAUUAAAUAAUGGACACAAAUGACCCACAUAGUGGUAUAAUUCUGCGACUCGUGCCAAAAUCAAUACAAUGCACCUUUCAUGCGAUAUGUUACAACGGAAGGGCAGCACUACUGCACACAACCCGAUGGGUUACUUGACCCUACGGUAGCAUCACAAUAACUCCAGUGAUACAACCAUGUUCAUAAAUGGUCUCUUACAAUUAAAGUGAUUUCAUAAUAAAAUGUUUGUUGAGUUGAUGACAAUCAAUCAUCCGAAGUGAUAAUGGCAGUAACUUCGGAGCCGGAUUGGAGUGUUGCUAGAAGGGGUCUUGCCCUUUUCCUAAACAACAAGCCUGACGAAGCAGAAGUACUGUUUGCUGAUAGGAAUGGUAGCUUCCAUGUGAAAACCGCACGUUGUUACAUGCUUUUCAUGAACGCACUAAUGACAUAUGAGGAUGAGAAUUUCCAGCUGGCCAUGAAGUUAUUAAAAGAAACAGAGAGAGAAUGUGUUGGAGAUGUUGGGUGGUUGAAGAGCGUUACUAAUAAAGUUUUCGGAUCUACUCCGACUGAUGACGACUACGCAAGAAAACUAGAGAAACAAAUUGUUCUGGCUGACAGCCAAGUAUGUACCGCAAUGCUGGUGCUUCUUCAACAGGAAGUCAGCAGUUACGUCCGAGGUGGAUGGAUGAUGCGGAAGGCAUGGAGAAUUUAUCAGCACACGUAUUGUCAAAUUCUCCAGCUCUACCGACGUACCUUCGGCAUCAAUCCAUCGGGUUUCAACGGGAAUUACACGAAUAAUGAGAAUGGACUUCUGGGCUCCCGGUAUAACAGUUCGGAGUGGUCCCUUGGCUCCUACCACAGCACGAUCUCCACAUCCACUCCAAUACUAUCGCCGUCUUCCAUUAAAAAUUCAUUGUCGAUGAUAUUUUCGCUCACGGGAGUGACGAAGGAGCCCGAGAACAAUUUUGUAGAACCGGCGGAAGUGAUUCGUCUAAUGUCAGCCGUCAGUUUCGGUUACGGAAUUUUUCAAUUAUGCGUCAGCCUUGUACCCCCGUCACUUCUCAAGUUAAUCCAUUUUUUGGGAUUUGAGGGGGAUAGACGUGCAGGGUUGACAGCUCUAAUGUAUGCAAGGCUCAGUGAAGACAUGCGUGCACCACUUGCUACACUAUCCCUCUUGUGUUAUCACACAAUAGUGAGGCCAUUCUGUUCCCUCCACGAUUGGAAUAUAAAAUCCGGAGUCGAGGCUGCGAAGCAGUUAAUCAGCGAGUGUCAGCAGGAUUAUCAGAACGGAGCUCUCUUUCUAUUCUUCUCGGGUCGUACUGAACGUCUCCAGUCAAAUAUUGAUGCAGCUCUUGUCGCGUACAACAGAGCGAUGUCCUCCUCCUCUCAAAGAGAAAUUCAACUGCUCUGUCUUCACGAGGUGGCCUGGUGUUAUGUCAUUCGUUUGAAUUAUGCAAAAGCCUUCGAAUCCUUCACCAGACUCCAGCACGAUUCCAGAUGGUGCGAGAGCAUUUACGCAUAUCUCGCAGCUGUGUGCUCUGGAGCGAGUGGUGAAUCGCAUGAAGUGCUCAGGACUUUCAGGGAAAUUAAUGUUAUGAUUUUGGGUGGGGGUAAAACGACGCAGUUGGAUACAUUUGUUGCGAGACGAGCAGCGAAGUUAGUGGACCAGAAUGAGGGUGUUUAUACACCUGCCUAUUAUAAACUCUUGGUUUAUGAACUACUUUAUUUGUGGAAUGCUAUGCCCUCGUGUUCUAUGGAUUCAUUGAGGAACGUGAUAGCGGGUGAAAAAAAAAACGAUCAACUGUCAAAAAAUAUUGAACACGAUGAAGACCAGAUGAAUUCCCGAAGUGGAUGUUGCUGUAUAAAUUCCGGAAGUUGCCUAGUCAGAAGUGAUAAUCGUAGAAUUUUGUGUCAGUCGUUCACACGUACUCUAGUAUUUUUUAUAGUAACAAGUCUUCUCGCGAUGACUGUAUCUCAUAUCUGCGAUAAAUACUCCGUCAGCGGUUCGUUUCGCACAAUCAAAUCUGACUUAAAAAUUCUCCGGGGCCACUUGGAUACACUCACGGUGGAAGUACAAAAUGUCAUUGAGCUGAGGGAUGAGCUUAAAAAUCGACUGAGGGAAAUUAGCAGUGUUAUGCCGAAAAUGUCGGAAGCCAUUUCGAAACUGCGUAAUGAAGUCUCGGAAGACCUGGGCGCUGAGACGAGCGAGAAGUUCAAGGACGUUGUCAGGAUGGAAAUACAGACCUACGAUGCCGAUAAAACUGGUCGCACUGAUUAUGCCCUCGAAUCAGCCGGAGGAUCAAUUGUCUCUACACGAGAUACCGAGACAUAUGCAACCGGUGCCUCGGUCCUCUCCCUCUUCGGGAUGCCCCUGUGCCAGAGGCGAAAUACCCCGAGGACCGUGAUACAGACAGGAGUUCUCCCCGGUGAAUGUUGGGCAUUCAAAGGGAACAGUGGAUCUGUGGUUAUCGAACUUCUGGGGAGCGUUUACGUAUCCGGUGUCACACUCGAACACAUCUCACCGUUAAUUUCUCCCACUGGCGAGACUUCUACGGCACCUCGAGACUUCUCUCUAUGGGGAUUGAAAUAUAAAGAAGACACCGAGGGUUUCCUGUUCGGUCGAUUCACCUAUGAAAAUUUUGACUCACCAGUGCAAUACUUCAAAGUCCAGAACACGGCGAAGGAUCCUUACGAACUUGUCGAAGUAAAAAUUCACUCGAACAGCGGCAGUACUGAGUACACCUGCAUUUAUCGCAUCCGAGUGCACGGUACUUUAAGUAGAUUGAAGAAAUGAGAGGUUAAAUUAGCGGAAAAAAGUGAAUAAUUAAUCAUAUUUAACGGGUAA